AUGACAGGCCACUCCAUUUCCACCACAAAAGUCACAGCGCUGUUGGUGCUCAGCUCUUUGGUCUUGGCGUUGGGGACACUCGUUUUGUUGCUACAAGUUCAAGUCAAUCAAGAACUUUUAAUUCAAGCCAAACGACAUCAAAAGUACCAAUCCGGUGGUAAACCAUCCAGUGAUUCAUCAAUAUUAUCAUCAUCAGGCUCGUCAAACACAGCAAUACCAUUGGAAGCCCAACCUUCCACGGUGCAGUCCACCGAACCUGCGAGCGAUAUUUUUACGCUCCAAUCCCAACCCGAAUCAGUAUAUGUCCAAGGAUAUUCCACCAAGACUCUUGGUGAAGCCUAUUGGAAACAGGCGGCUUCGUAUUUGAGGAAAUGGGAUGCCAUUUUGAGUACCAGUUCCAGCAAAAGGCAAACCCAUGCACACCACUACACCACCCGGGAUGAAAUGAUUCCACCGACCAAGGACUAUGAAAAGUCCAAUGCCACCCAAUAUCCUCAUUUAGCAUUGGAGAAGUCCGCCGACUAUGGGCAUCCAUUGGCACAAUUCUAUCUCGCCAAUGCCCAUGCGUCGGGCAUUUGGCCUUUUACUAGUAGUAGUAGUAGUAGUCAAGAAGAGACAACAACUCCUCAUUCCAAACUACAAGUCAUGGAAGAAUGGUUGCAACAAGAUCAUCCCCAAGUCAUGAAAUCCUUCUUAUUAUGGCACAUGGCUGCCAUGGCGGGCAACAUUGAAGCGGCCAUGGCCUUGGCCCAUCGGAUGGAUUUUGAUGGAACCAAAAAAAAGGCGACGGACAAUCAUAGUUUGGGAUGCACAGGAGCCUUGCCCUAUUUGGAAGCCGCGGCGAAUGGGAUCAUGGAUCAACUGGAAUCUUCGGAACAUUCACGGGCCAAGGUGCUGCCGCACAUGGACAAGCAUGUCUUGGCGCAGGUCCACAUGCACGGUGGGACCUCCAGUCAACUGGAUUGGAACAACAAGCCGGACGAAUCCAAAGAAGCCAUUCAAUUUUAUCACCUAAAGGCAACGACGACACCUUGGUACUACAGGGAUAGUAAUGAAAAGAAACCAACGACGAUUGAUGUCGCGGCGGCAGCUACGUUGGGACACUUUUAUCAUUUCGGGAUUCGGGGUGUCCAACAAAAUUUGACUCUGGCCUUGGAGUAUUACGAAAUUGCCGCCAACAAUAACCACUGGGAGGCGGCAGGGCAAGCGGGGGCCUUUUAUCUCUGGGGUAUGGGAACCGAACCGGAUGCGAAAAAGGCGCUCAAGUAUUUCAAAUUGGGGGCUCCCGGAUCGUUUGCCGUCUGUUAUCGCAAACGGGAAAUGGCCGUCUUGCAAAAGAAAAAGGGCAAGUCGGAGGAUGAAAAGCAAGUCCACGAGUGUGAUCAUCAUGCCUUGAAUGGAAUGGGAUUGUUAUAUUUGUUGGGGAUUCCUGGAGUCAUGGAAAUUGAUUAUGGCAUGGCAGAGAAAUUCUUGGCCUUGGCCAAGGAAUCAGGAGAUACGGAUGCCCAUUACAACCUGGCCAUGAUGUGGUUGGGAUGGAAGACACAGUUUCAAAAUUAUCCAACCGAAAAUGAAGACCUGCCGGAAGAUGGCAUGUCUUCCAAUCCGUUGGAGCUACCCACCGAGAAGGAAAAGCCGGCCUUUGCCUUGCAUCAUUCGGGUCGGAUUGUCGAAAAACAAUUUCGAGGACCGAGUCAAACCAAUAUCAAGGAAGCAGUUACUCUACUCGCUACAGCUGCUUCCAGGGGACAUAUCCAAGCCAGACACCGACUUGCCAUGAUUUACACCGAAGGAAUUCAAAUCCAAACCAGUGCCUUGGAUUCGUACUCGAUUGUCAAAAAGGAUUGUGUCAAGGCCAGAGCUCAUUUCCAAUGGAUCAUUUCCAAUGGAUCCGUGGAUCGAUCCAAACGAUUACGAACGGCCUACAAGGAGUAUGCGGCUGGUAACUUGGAAGCUUCUCUUCGAAACUAUUUGACGGCUGCUGAAGGAGGAUCCAAUGUAGGCCAAGUGAAUGCGGCCUUUUUGCUCGAGCAAGGUGUUUGCUUGGGAUUGGGCAUGGCGGACUGUGCCAAGGCAUCGGUGCGGUUGUGGAAGGCGGCUGCCGACCGAGGUAAUGCCGAAGCUUGCUUGCGAUUGGGCGACUUUUACUACUACGGUAGACUCCGAGGCAAGAAUCGGUCACUGGGACCAUUUGGUUGGGUUCAGUAUGUCCUGUAUCCAGAAAAGCAUGUCCUGCCCUUGCUGAAAAAAUGGUACGAACAAGGAUUGGAAUGGUGGGCCGAGUAUCAAAUGAGUGGAGAAUGGAAAUACAUUUUUGCGUUUGAAAAAGAUCCAAGCAAUGAACCCCCCCAGUGCACGAUCGACGACUGCCCCGAGACUUUCGAGGAAGAGAACGAGUUGGAGGAUGCCGACUUGUCCAUGGCAGCCCACUAUUACACCAUCGCUGUCGACAAACAUCAAAGUGCCCGGGCCAAUUUUAAUUUGGGUUUCAUGCACGAGUAUGGAAUUGGAUUGAAGCAGGACUUUCCUCUGGCGAAAAGACACUACGAUUUGGCUGCCAGCUACCAUGCAGCCGAAGCUAGUCUGGCGGUUCAAAUUGCUUUGAUGGCCAUGUCACAACAUGAAAAUAUUGUCAAACUUCGCAAUGCAUGGAACGCAUGGUGGUACGGAACCGAACCAAUGGAUGAUGAACUACCGACGCUGGAUGACGAAAACGAACCACAACCAGAAGAGGAGGUUCCAAGUGAUGCUAUGGAUGACGACCAAGUCGUCAAGGAACCAGUGCCCAGGCCGCAGCAAGCCGACGAGGGCGUUGGCGAGCCUGUUCCUGGACACGACCACCAGCAGGAAAUGAGGAGGAAGAAGGAUGUCAUUAUGGAGCACAUAUUUGAUCACCAGACUCUGCUCAUUUGUGUUUUGGCCUUUGCAUUGCUCCAGCUGGUGGAGAUGAGGGCACGUCGUCUACAACAAAGGCGGUAG